GGCCUCUCCCAGAUCGAGUAGGGCAGUGCACUGACUUUGUGAAGGUUCCUGGAAAUACUUGUUUCAAAUGGCUCAGCAAGCGGAUGGCAUUUAUGAUGUGCCGGACGGGCCUCCUUUGAUGACUAUCAACUUGAAGCUGAGCAGCGAAAAUUCCUUUUCAGAAAUGCACCGCUCCUACGCAAGCCAGAUGGAGCGCCUACGGAAACAUCUCAAAAAGAAGUUUAAGACCCUCGUGAAGGGCAAGAGGAAGUUUCAUCUCACCCCAGAUGGGUUAGCUGUUUUCACGGUUGCAUUUACUGAUGGUGAAAGGACUGUCAGGGCGAUCAUUGAAGGAAGGCAUAUGUGGGUGAGAGGAUUCGAAACUACAGAUGGACAGGUGUAUGAGUUCAAGGAGAAGAACCAGGGACAUGAAACAAAGAAGUAUAUCAAAGGGUCAAUUUUACUUUCCCAUGGAGGAGGGUAUCCCACGCUACUACGUGAAGGCCCUCCACUUGAAAACUUUGAAGUGGGCUAUCCUGCUCUAAAAGAUAUGCUUGAUCAGCUAUCUCAUUUUGAUCCAACCAAGUCUUCUGUCAAGUCUCUGCGUGCAAUGGCGGCACUGAUAAUACACACUGCUGAGAGCAUAAAGAACAACUUCAUCUGCUUAAUUGUUCUGAAAUCGCUCGAUCCAAAGCUGGGUGCAAGGAAACAAGAGUUGACAGAUCUGGGAAAUGGAUACAUCCGUAGCUGGGCAAAGAUAUCAAAGCUAAUCCUGAGAUAUCUUCACAUUUCAACCAAGGUUUGGGAUGUAAAUGAACAGAAAAAGGUUAAAAAUGAAGAGUUCUAUAAAGUUCCAUGCUGGACAAAUGAUCCCAAGGAUGUGCUCAAUCAUAUCAUAUUCAUAAAAAGUGAUGAAUAUCUGGAUAGUGUUCUGCAUGUACAAGAUGGCCAAACACGAACCCUACCAGAUGUGCUUCAAGCUUCUAUAGGUGUGGUUGUCGUGGGAGGGGUGAACCUUGCCUUAAAUUAUGCAACAGAUAUUCCCUGUGUUGCUCAAGUGCUACUGCGAGCAACUUCAUUGUCCUCAAAUGUCCAGGUCAUUGAAGGAGAGUUUCCCAUCUACACAGACGGACACAUAGACUUGUGUACAAUGCAUCUGAAUUUGAAGAAAAAGGAAGGACAUCAAGAGGAAGUGGUUAAGUUAACACUAACAGUGAGUGCUUUGCGACAGGCGACUGCAGAUGCAAACCAAGUCCAUGAUGAGGGUGUGUACUGUAAAACGACUAAAGGAUGUGUUAAGGACAGUAAGAUGAGCACCGCACAACUGGAGCUAUAUUCAGAAAACAGAGAAUUAUUCGAUAAACUUGUAGACGAAAGAGUUGCGGAAUCUCAAGCAGAGUACCCAACGAUGGAUCCAAUGCUGCUGCUAUGCAGUAAGAAAGAGUCGCCACUAAACUUACAAGACAUUGGUGUUGGGCUGGUGUGCUGAUACUACCAUGAAAAGCAGCUGAGUUCCAGGCCAUUGGCAAUUAGAUAAUGUAAGCUGAAAGAACGAGUAUUCCUGAAAGAUGAUGAGUGCGAAGAAGUGGUCCAGGGGAUUUUAUUCUCUUGAGAGGAUAAAUUAGACAAUCGUUGCAUUUCUUGAAUGCCUUGGAAGAACAUAGGCCACUGAAAAAUCUUGAGUUCUUCAGAGACAUGUCUUGGAAAAGAUUAUGCAACUACUCUCCUGGAAAUUUUCUAUAUGGAGGAGACGUGGAAAAAUUAACUGGUGCAGUCUUGGUGACGAGAACUCAACGUUCUUGUAUGUUGCUGUAAAUUGCCAAGCGAGGAGAAAUAAAUGAGGUUGCUGGUACAUAAUGCAUCAAGCGCUUUCAUAUUUA